AGAGCAGCCAUUCCCUGGGUCUUGAUGACUUCCAGAUGACAGCCCAGACAGCUUGGCCAGAGGGAACUCAGCACUCAGUCACAGACAGAGAGAGAGGGGGGAGGCAGAGAUAGGGAAGGGGAGGAGAGAGAGAAACAGACAGACAGAGUGGUGGAGAGGAAAGGAUGAAGCAGUUGCAUGUGAAGUGGUUUAGCAGUGCUCCAGUCAGCGUUCUUACCUCAUUCUCCUGAGGGUUGUUUGUACACAGCUCUCUCCAGCUGGGGCCUGGCUGGCUGCUUUGAUUGGCUGGUGACUGAUCCACAUUCAGAUCCCAUUGAGACAGACAGACGACAGGGAAGUGUCAGUGUGUGUGCGCUGGGCCGAGAGUCAGCAUGAUGCAUCAGUGGGGUCUAUUCAUCACUGUGUUCUACUGCCAGCUGUUCCUGGCUGCUGCUCAACACUGGAGGAAAGGUCAAAGAAUAGGUGUGAAGGAGGUGGCUCAGCGAAUGGUCUCAUCUGAGAUCAGAAUACCUGCCUUAGCUGCAUUUAGCUCAGGAGCUGCCUUUAGCUCAGCAGUCUUGUGGUAUGCAAGAGACCAAGGUUGGAACCCAGUUGCCCGUUACACAUCAGCUUUUAGAGUGAAGCGUGGCACACACUCAUUGGUCAACCCCACCUUCCAGAACUCUGUGGAAGAUGUUAACCUGCUGUUUGAGAUCCUGCUGGCAGGAAUGCAGAUUGAGGGUGAGGACAAGCCCUUCGUGAUCCCAGACAAGGAGCUGGCGUCUCUGAGGAGGGUCCAAAAGCUGGAGGUUAUCUGUGAGGACGUCCUGCCCAAGAGACUAUCCGAGAUCAGACGUCUGACCUCCCACCUGUCCCAGCGCAGAGGUGCCCUAAGCAGGGAGGACUUUGAGCGCACAGUGCUCACUAUGGUGUACACUGCCCAGACUCUGGUUCAUACCACCUCCCAACACCAGAAGGCACUGUGGGGAGACGCCCUGCUGCAGCUGUUCAGGGCCAUUCAAGAAGAUCUGACGCCCCUACCCAGAACACCUCAGCACAACUAGUGUUAUGGACAUGUGGACACAUUCUUUUAGAUACUGUAAUAUACUGAUCAUUUUAUAUUGUAACACAAGUCACUUUUUGGCAGAAAAUGUAAAGGAUGUUUUCUAUUGAGUUGUAUUGUAUAAUCAAAAUGACUGUUCUGAUAAUGUGUUUGGUUAUGAUCAAAUGAUGAUAUGAUCUAAUCAUAUUGAAAGGAGGAUGUGGGGAAAGGAGGGAUGUGAACAAUAUCCUGUUCAUGUUCUAUCUAUCGGAUUCCGUCUUGUUCCAGGACUUCAGAUGUAAACAAACAUUUUAAACAUUUUAUCAGUCACUCUGUCAUCAUGAUUCAUUACAGGUCUUUAUCAAAUCUUCUGUCAUAAUCUUCCCAGCUGUUUAUCACAAUCACAUAAUCUUUUCCCAGCACAGUCCUGUUGCGAAAAGGAGCUUCAUGAAAAAAAUAGUCCCGUGAGGUGCAGAAAUAUUGUAUUGAACUGUAACAUUGAAGACAGGGGUAUCAAUUUGCUCAGCUUAUUUCUCUGCAAUUGAUAUUAUAAUAAAAUAAUGAUCAA